CAAACAUUCAAACAUUCUAUUGUGGCCAACACGCUAAUAUUAUCUCCACGAAGGAUCAUGUGUCCCAUGAUCAUUUUCGCGAAAUCUAUGAUUUCUAUAGGCAGUACAAUUUGAUUUUUUUCCUUUUUUAAAAAAAGUCCUUCAUUAAAGUUAGUAUGUUUGUUUCAGGUUUUAUUGAGUUUAACGAAGCAUGUUUUUAGCUUUUUGGAUAAUUUUUCGUCAUGAACGCGAUUGUAUUUUUUUACGAAAUGCCAUUUUGUCUAAAAAAAUUAAAUUUGUGUGACCAUAGUUUAAUUUUAAUUUUAACUAUUUUAUUAACGUCGAUAAAGCCCUUGGAAAAAGGCAGGAUAAAAAUGAAAAAGAAGCAUCAUUUGAAUUAUAAUGAUGCCACCAACUCACCCACAAAAAAAUUAAUUUGAACCUUGUUUUCACGUUGUCUCCAUUGUGUAGAGCUUAAAGCCUGAUCAAGAAAAUGUAUAUGAUCAUGUGCAUUUGAUUAACGGUUAAUGAGAUAAUAUCAGCAAAGACCGGUCAAAACACAAAAUUUUUUUUAGAAAUUUGUAUACCUGUUGCCUUUAAUGCAUAGAUCUUUAAACGCUGAUUAAGGAAAUAGGAUCAUGUACUUUUGACAAACGGUUGCAGAGAUAUUGGGUUUUAAGGUUUUUUGAUGAAGUCAUCAACCUGUCCAUUCUAUAAUGAAUUCGGUACCAAGGUCUGAGAAACUUACCCAAAUUGGUCCCAGCUUGUCCCAAGUUAGCCAUGCAGUAAAAAAUGACUGAUGUCGCCACCUUGUUUCCAAGGUAUUUGACCUCAAAGUUUUACGUGCACUGUAAUGGCUUUAUUAGUUUAAAUUAGGAUACUGAUGUUAAAGGUGAUAUUGACAUCGUGCAGUAUCCUCAGAAAACUUGACAUUUGAGACAUAAGUUUUUCGGCGACAUCAAAGGAAAAUGAACACAUUCACUUUGCUUGUUACGGACAGAUACAUGGAACUGGCGUAUUUUUAUAUAGAUAAGCCUGCCAAACAUAUCUUGUUCUUUUGCCGAUUUUUUGUGUUUAAGGAAACGUUGAACUGAAAGUAUAUCCAAAUAUUUAACAGUCGUAAUUCAUAGUAAUUUGUUGUGAUGGAACUAAAAUGCGCUAUGUGCUAAUUUUGUAAGCACAAAAAUAGUUACGUGGUUAAACAAAAGUUGAAAUUUUUAUGUGAUUUCUAACAAAAAUUAGCUACUUUCGCUAAAUUAGUUAUAAUACAAGUGAAAAACAGACAGAUAUUAUUGUCAUAACACCCCCUCUUGUUAUGAUUUUUCAUAUGUUCAAAAUUACGCUAGCUAAAAUGUAAUACUGAAAGACUUCUAGUUGAUACAAUACCUUACUCAUUUUUUGGUUGAAAUUGGAAAUUGUAGAAACUGCGUUAGCAAAACUGGUUUCCUAAUCCGGAAAUAAUGUCCAUCAUUUGUAGCAAAAAUUAUUUCCUGAUCAGGAAAUUUCCUUUUCUUUAACUUGACCACUGUUUACCAGCUUUAUUGAAAUAGGAAAAGGAGAACAGUUUAUGUGCUGGUUGUUGAAAUUUACUACCAGAUAUAAACAUUUUAUUCUGUUCAUGUUGUCAGUAUAAUAGAAUGUUUUUAGUUUUUCUAAAAAUGUAAAGCAACAACAAGACUUUUUAGUAUUAUAUAUACUAAAAACAGCCACCUGACAAAGUUGAUUUCAGUAGCACUUCGAUCAGAGUCCUGCUUUGAUUUUUUCUUUUCUAAUUUUCCCUUUAAAAUGCUUGGAUGAGCAAUUUUAAUCUGAUCAAAGAUAUAAAGCUGUCUGAUAGCUACUGAAAACCAACAGCUACCUUAAUUUUCACAAGAUACUAAUAUUUAUGAAGUUGGCAAGUCCUAAUAUUUCACAAGAAUUAAAUUUCGCAAAUUUUGCUAAGAAAAUUUUCUUUGACGUUUUGUUUCUCAGUUUAUACUGUUUCUCAAGGGAGAUAUAAAAUAAAGGUAAAAGUUACAUAUAAAUUAUUUACUUUAAGGAAGAUCAGAAAAUUAAAAAAAUAGUAAACAUAGUUGGUUUCUCAAUAUUUUUUGUAAAUUUGACAGAAAAACUUUUAAAUUCACCAAAUCUAAUUCUUUCUCACAAUUCAGAGUUUUAAUAAGUAUAAACUUUUUGCUAAAAUCGCUGGAAACACAAAAGAAAUGUCAGAAAUAAAAAGUUAUUGAAUGGCCAUCCUUUCUUUAGAUUGGUGGCAAAGCAUCCAAAGGAACAUAAUUUAUAUAAAUAAGAAAUGUUUUUCUGAAUUUGGAAGAAAUCUGGUAUAGUCCCAACUGCAAUGAUUCAUUCAUGUUUUCUAUAAAAGACUAACAAAAAUUUAACAUACAAUACUCACCUAAUAGUAUCAACUUUUUUCUAUUCUCACAUAGUCUACGAAAAAUUGAGUGCUGUGCAACCAUUUUAAAAAUUCACUGCAAGCAUGACAGCAAUUAAAACUACAUUACAUCCAUCGCAACAGAUGGUAGCAUCUUCAGGAGGAGCUUUGUUGGUCUCUCUUUUCACCACCCCAUUUGAUGUUGUGAAGGUUCGGUUGCAAGCACAGCUAAAGUCAAAUACUGUCAGAUGUUCUGUGUUCAAUGAAAUUGUGGAUACCUUGUGUUUUUGCACAAAACCUCCAGCGUUCAACAGUCCAGUACUGUGCACAAUUGGUGGAAAUAUACAAACCGUACCUAGAUUCUCAUCAACCACUGAUGCUUUCUUAAAAAUAGCACGAAUUGAAGGAAUCAGAAAUUUGUGGAAAGGAAUGUCACCAACUCUCAUACAAAUGGUCCCGCAAACUGUCAUUUAUUUUACUGCUUACGAUCAGUUGAAAGUUCGAUUUGGUCACGUGGAAGGACAAACAAGCUUUGCAGCGCCCAUGUUGGCAGGUGUAACUUCAAGAUCAUUUGCAGUGUUUGCAGUGUCACCUAUUGAGAUGGCUCGCACCAAAUUUCAAUCAAAGAAAAACUUGAAAUACAGACAACUAUUUUCCAUUGUUAUCGAAACUGUAAGAGCUGAAGGACUGCUUUCCAUGUGGAGAGGAAUUGGACCUACCCUGUUACGAGAUGUACCCUUUUCAGCAUUGUAUUGGGCUGGAUAUGAGACACUUAAAUCACUGGACCAUUUCCAUAAUUUUGCUUCAGCAUUUGUGUCUGGUGCAUUAGCAGGAAUGAUGGCUGCUGCACUGACUACACCAUUUGAUGUUGUGAAAACCUUUCGACAGAUAGAAUUAGGAGAGAUGAAGCAGAAUUCUAUGUUUAAAUCGAAGUUACCCUUUACUUUCUCAAUCAUCCUCAAGUUGUACCGAACGCAAGGUGUAGCCUCUUUAUUUACAGGUAUAUACGCACGUCUUGGUAAAGUCGCACCAGCGUGCGCCAUUAUGAUCAGCAGUUAUGAGUACGGAAAAAAAUACUUUGAGAGAAAGAAUUAUCACGCCCUUAUACUUGAGAAUGGUUGAGAACAAACAAUGUGGAGUCUUGCACCAAGCACGCAGUGGUAGGAUGAAUCGUAUGAAAGCAGUACCAGCACGACUUGUAUUUUCGUAGUUUCACACAGUGACCAACAUUUGAGCAACCUUUCUUAAUAAAUGUGAGCCAUGUAAUAACUGCACGAAAGUGGCAAACAAAUGUAGGUGCUAGCAUAUUCCGUCGAAUUGACCAGAGGAUAAAUAAUGAACUACUGUAAAUUUUUAUUGUUCGGAUUUUUAUGGAUAUUAUAAAUAUCUACUAUGAUAGUCAUGUAAAAGCCUGUCUUUCGAUGCCAUAGUACGGGUGCCAGGAGGUCAAAAAUGACAAUCUGUGCUUUACUUUAUUUUUUCAACACCCAGACUAUCAACAUAACUUUUGAAUUUGCAUUUUUAAGUUGAUUUUCUAAACAAAGCUAAAAUUCCUUGACUGUGGAGUUAACAAAAAAUAAAGGAAACUGAUAAAGCAUUUUUUUUUAUAUUUUUUUAAAAAAGCGUCAAGAGGCCGAAAACUUCUAUUUAACUACGAUUUCCAUAAUUCAGAAAUAAAUUCGCGUUUUGCUUCUUCUUUAAACAGGUUAUACAAUUUCACUCUACAACGUAUGCUUACGUAAAAAAGUUGACAUUUUUUUAUUGAAUUGACAUUUCUUGUCAGACUCACCCGUUUUUAAAUCGUAUUUAUAUCGUUUCUACCGUAAUUUUUGUUUUCGUUUUUAUGUGAAAGAUUUUUUAUUCCGAUCCAUUCCAAUUCGUUUGAGUGUUUGUAAUCGAACGGUUUUUGCAUUUUUUUUCUGCUGUUAUUUAUAUUUUUUAAUUUACGCUAGGUAAAGCAAACCUAAUCACGUAAUUGUCUAACGGCCUCAAGUCACACUAAUGAAAUAAAUUUUUGUGAGAAUGUUCCGGCUUUCCGCAAAGAGAGUAAAUGAUGCUUUCGCCAUUCGCGAAAAUAUGUUUUCGCAAAAUUUUGGCAAUUCUGUCACCCGUUAAAAUUCAUUAAGGUUUGUUUUUCCAGCGAAAGUUCAACUUGCAGAUAAUAAUAAUUAUAGGUAUAUAUUGUAUAUUAGCAGUGUUGUGUUUAAAUUUGUGCAUCAAAAUCA